CAGCCGAAGAAGAAGAAACCCGGAAGCGGAAGGUCAGCGGCUUGAAGUGGCAUCUUGUUAAAUAUACAAAAUGGCCGACCUCUGGCAAAACGCCAUGGACCAUGCUGUCGCCAUCGCACGGAAAUCUGGAGAGCUGGUACGUGAGGCGCUGCGUGACGACAGGAAGGUGAUGACCAAGAGCUCAUCCAUCGACCUGGUGACCAAAACUGACCAGAAGGUCGAGCAUCUCAUCAUCCAAUCAGUGAGGGAGAAGUUCCCCACACACAGGUUCAUAGGGGAGGAGUCAGUGGCGGCAGGUGAAACAUGUGACCUGACGGACAGUCCCACCUGGAUCAUCGACCCCAUCGAUGGGACGACCAACUUUGUUCAUGCUUUCCCUUUUGUUGCCGUUUCCAUCGGCUUCUACGUCAACAAGCAGAGUGAGUUUGCGGUGGUGUUCAGUUGUCUGGAAGACAAGAUGUUCACUGCGAGGAGAGGGAGGGGAGCGUUCUGUAACGGAGAACCGCUGCAGGUUUCUGAUCAGGAAGACGUUCGUCAGUCGAUCAUCGCCACCGAGUUCGGAUCCAACAGAGACGUCCAAGCUGUCGACAAAAUCUUCUCCAGUCUGAGGAACAUCCUGAGUCUCCCUGUGCAGGGGGUUCGCAGCGCAGGAACCGCAGCCAUCAACAUGUGUCUGGUGGCGUCUGGUUGUGUUGAGGCGUAUUAUGAGAUCGGCGUCCACGUGUGGGACGUCGCCGCCGCCUCGCUGAUCGUCUCUGAGGCCGGAGGCGUCCUGAUGGACGUGGACGGAGGAGCCGUGGACCUGAUGUCCAGAAGAAUCGUUGCUGCUAACAACAGAACCGUCGCUGAGAACAUCGUCAAGGAGAUCGACUCCUUCAGUCCAACCCGAGACGACGCUCCACCUCCACAAGUGUGAAGAACUGCAGUGCAUUGUGGGUUAUACAACAGAUUUAGUGAUUUUGUCUGAUAUUAUUAAUCAUUACGAAUCAUUAGAGAUCGGCCAUGACACGAGGUAGAGGGCAGCAAGAGCAUGAAGUGAAACCUGCUGCUGAUGUUUCCCGUUGGUAGACUCGUCUCUGGGCUUCAGGUCGUUGUGUUCAUCCUGUUUCCUGAGCUGCUCUCGUCAUCCUGUCACCCGGGUUUGUCCUCACGUUGCUAUUCACUUUAGCUUUUUUGUCUUUUCUGGUUUCCUGUGAAAGGGUUUUUCUGUUUGUGGAAUUUCUGAACUUAGAACUUUUGCUGUUAUUAAAGGACAGCUUUUGUUA